UCGGAUCAUUGCAUUUAUAAACUAUCAGGCUAGUAUCAGCCCAAAUAACAAAAGUCAUACUCCAGAGAAAUACCAAUAAGUGGCAAUAACGAGACAAGCACUGAUAACUAAACCAAUCCUGGUGAAGAAAGCACCAUUGUCAUCCUCUCGCUCGUGCGGAACAACCGGAAUGGAAAGCUUGGGUUCAUCAGUUCGCCAAACCGGAUUAACGUAAUGCUGUCCAGAGCGAAGCAUGGUCUCUAUCUCGUUGGAAACUCGGCGACAUUGACUUUGCGGCAUGAUUCCACGAUGUGGCGCGAGGUUCUUGGCAUUCUGAAACAGGAGGAUAGAGUGGGCAACGCGAUACCAGUCAAAUGCGAGCAGCACCCUGAACGGAUCUCGAACAUUGAAAGUCCUGAUGAUUUUGAGCUCCGCGUCGGUGAUGGCGGUUGCUCGCUGACCUGCGGCUUCCGACUACCUUGUGGUCAUCAAUGCCCUCGCAGAUGCCAUCCUGAUGAUCGAAAUCACAUCGGUGUCAAGUGUGCCAAGCCAUGCCCUCGGCUGCAUCCAAUCAAUGAAUGCAAGUAUCAGCACCACUGUCUUAAGCUAUGUGGUGACGCGUGUGGCCUAUGUGAAGCACCUCUGAAAGCUGUGACCCUUCUUUGUGGCCACGUAGCAACGAAUGUUCCCUGCUGGCGAGCCCGCAAACUAGAAGAGCUUUCCAAAACGUGCACAAAAAUCGUUGAUGUGCAAAUGAGAGGUUGUGGGCAUACCGUCAAAGUGCCCUGCAACGAGCAAGAUUGGAUGCGUGCGCGGCCAUUUCUCUGCACUGAGAAAUGCAAGUUGCCUCUUCCAUGUGGUCACAACUGUGCAUCAGAGUGUGGAGAGUGCCUGGCAAUGACAUUUGGAGAAGAGCUGAUUGCACAGGGAGCAGCCAACAGUCUUGUUGCCGCUAACGUGAAUAGGGAUGUGGCAUUGCAACCUCAUCAGCUACCUCGGAAAAGUGAUUCGGAUAUGAAGCAUUGAGCUCAUUUACCGCGGUUUCACAAGGACACAAGAAUUCCUCAUACCGAACACCAAAGCAGCAGAUCUGCAUGCUGCAAUGGGAAAGCUGAAGACACAUUCGGACCAUUUUUCGCGGCUGAUCAAGUUUUGCGAGUCUACGAGGCAGCUGUAGCAGCACAGAAGAGAAGAGAAGACGGAUCGAGGCUCGCGACUUCUGAGGGUGCCAGUUCGUCCACACUACUGGCCAGGCAACUGCCUGUGCCAAAACCAGACGCCAAAGCUGAGAUUUGUGCACAGGUUGGUCUGGGGGAUGUUUGGAGCGUGAGCAUGUCAGUGGAGUACAUCUGGGUCUCGCAUUCCGCGGCUCUCGCGAAGCAGGAUACGCGAGCACAGGCACCUGGAAGAGGAGCUUCCAGCUACUGGAUUGCUGACCCGCGGGUGGUAGGUCAUCUUCAGAAUACAAGAAGGAUGUUUGAGAGGGCUCAUUCCUGCUAUACAACAGCAGCAAGGCAGGCUGAGACCACAAAGAACCAUAGCACAGAAUCCGUUGCACUGUUGCAUCUCGUCGAGAGUCUAAUGAGACGCUCGAAGGAUAUGGUUGCUGAGCUCUCAGCAUGGGGGAUUGCAGCUCUGCAAAACUUGUCACCCGAGGAGAAGGGGGAUUACCUGCUGUUUCAAAAGAAAAUAGGGAAGGAGAGGUUCAGCUUGCUUGACGAAGCGAAAGGAAUGCUGCAGAAAGUGAUGUCCAAAUUGGACCCACUUCGGUCGGCGCAAGCUGUGCAACACUUGUAUGGAGAGGCUCAGAGGCUGCUAUCGACAGAGAUCCCUGCUAUCGAGAGAGAGAUUGUCGAUCUCGUGAGAACGGAGGAGAGAUGGGAAGUGAUAAGGGCAGUACAAAGAGCCAUGCCAACAAGGGGUCACUGGUACUACUGCGAAAAUGGCCAUCCAUAUGUAAUUGGGGAGUGUGGAGGGCCCAUGGAAGAGGCGACCUGUCCAGAGUGCAUGUGUAGGGUAGGUGGUAGAAGUCACACUUUGGUGCCAGGGAACCGGAGGGCAGUCGAUUUCAACGGAGUUGCAGAGAACCACUACGAGUGAGCGAGAACGACAUUUCUACCCUGAAAACCACCGGUACGUUUCCCAGCGUAUCUUGUUCCGAGGCGGCGGUAUACACGC